GGCGAGCGUCGGGCAGGCACCCAGCUUCCUCAACCCCGCCGCGGCCCGCGGGGUGCCGGCCUUCUCGGAGCCUGGGGCGGGCAAAUAGAGGCGAACCGGCAUGCGAGCGGCGGCCCGGUGAAGAGGGGCCGCGGAGUGGGAAGGAGAGGGAAGCCCCCUCGGCAGCGGGCCUGCGGUAGCCUCCGUGCCCCCCGGCUGCAGCGGAGAGUGGCCAGCGAGAGGAGCCGGGCUGCGCGGUGCCCCGCUGCCGCCUCCUCCCUGCUCGCCAGAUCUGCCUUUGUCCCCUUCGGAGCCUCUCCCUUGCCGCCCCUUUACGCCGGCUCCAUCCUUCCCCGCUGGAUGAGGCGUCCCGUUCCCCGCUGCUGACCCUCGCAGACCCCGGCCUGGCUGUAGGAUGAACCCGGAGGACUCGGAGUGGGCGAAGCCGCUCUGCUCCCAGAAGGGGAUCUAGCUCGGGCGUGGGGCGCCGCCGAAGGGUGGGGGGCACCGAAGCGACGCCGCCCCCCGCCAGCCACCUCGUCCUUCAUGGUGGCUCUCUGCGACCACCAUCUCCGAGCAGACGCGCAGCCCGUCCCGGGGGCCCGUGUGUGUGUCUGUGCGCGCCGCCGUCGCGGGCAGCGCUGCCGCCCGAGUGAAGUAAAAUGUCCACUCGGACUCCAUUGCCCACGGUGAACGAGCGCGACACCGAGAACGAUGUCAGCCCAUCACUGGGGGAAGGCUUUUGUGAAAAGCACACAUCCCAUGGAGAAGCACGGCAGGAAGUUUCCUCUCGGACUGGGCGCUCUGGAGCUCGCUGCAGGAACUCUAUAGCUUCCUGCGCAGAUGAACAGCCACAUAUUGGAAAUUACAGACUCCUUAAAACGAUUGGAAAGGGGAAUUUUGCAAAAGUAAAACUGGCAAGGCACAUCCUAACUGGCAGAGAGGUUGCCAUAAAAAUAAUUGACAAAACACAGCUGAACCCAACUAGUCUACAAAAGCUCUUUAGAGAAGUAAGAAUAAUGAAGAUCUUAAAUCAUCCAAAUAUAGUGAAGCUAUUUGAAGUCAUCGAAACUGAAAAAACUCUCUAUUUAAUAAUGGAAUAUGCAAGUGGGGGGGAAGUGUUUGACUAUCUGGUUGCACAUGGAAGAAUGAAGGAAAAGGAGGCUAGAGCUAAAUUUAGACAGAUAGUAUCUGCAGUGCAGUAUUGCCAUCAAAAGCAUAUUGUUCACAGAGAUCUCAAGGCUGAAAAUCUAUUGCUAGAUGCAGAUAUGAACAUUAAAAUAGCUGACUUUGGUUUUAGCAAUGAAUUUACAGUUGGAAAUAAACUGGACACCUUUUGUGGCAGCCCACCAUAUGCUGCUCCAGAGCUUUUUCAAGGGAAAAAAUAUGAUGGACCUGAAGUAGAUGUUUGGAGUUUAGGAGUUAUUCUUUAUACCCUUGUGAGUGGAUCUCUUCCUUUCGAUGGACAGAACUUAAAGGAACUAAGAGAAAGAGUGCUACGGGGAAAAUACAGGAUUCCUUUUUACAUGUCCACAGACUGUGAAAACCUUCUCAAACGUUUCCUGGUGCUAAACCCAACAAAAAGAGGCACUCUAGAGCAAAUUAUGAAGGACAGGUGGAUCAAUGCAGGACAUGAGGAGGAUGAACUUAAACCCUUUGUGGAACCAGAACUAGACAUCUCGGACCAGAAAAGAAUAGAUAUUAUGGUAGGAAUGGGAUAUUCUCAAGAAGAAAUUCAAGAAUCCCUCAGUAAAAUGAAGUAUGAUGAAAUCACAGCUACAUACUUACUGCUAGGAAGGAAAUCAUCAGAGUUGGAUGCAAGUGAUUCAAGCUCCAGCAGCAAUCUUUCACUUGCCAAAGUUAGACCAAGUAGUGAUCUUAAUAAUAGCACUGGACAAUCUCCUCAUCACAAAGUUCAGAGAAGCAUAUCUUCUAGCCAGAAACAGCGGCGGUACAGUGAUCAUGCUGGACCAUCCAUCCCCUCAGUAGUGGCAUAUCCCAAAAGAAGCCAGACUAGUACUACAGAUAGUGACCUUAAAGAAGAAGGAAUUCAAUCAAGAAAAUCCAGCAGUAGUGCUGUUGCAGGAAGGGGAAUUGCACCAGCUAGUCCAAUGCUUGGAAAUGCCAGCAAUCCCAAUAAGGCCGAUAUUCCUGAACGUAAGAAAAGUUCGGCUGUUCCUAGUAAUAAUACUGCCCCCGGAGCGAUGACCCGGCGCAACACUUAUGUUUGUAGUGAAAGAACCACUGCUGAUCGGCAUUCAGUGAUACAGAAUGGCAAGGAGAACAGUGCUAUUCCUGAUCAGAGAACUCCCGUUGCUUCAACUCACAGCAUUAGCAGUGCCACCACUCCUGACCGUAUUCGUUUCCCCAGAGGAACCGCCAGUCGGAGCACCUUCCAUGGACAGCUCCGGGAGCGCCGCACUGCUACCUACAACGGGCCCCCAGCAUCGCCCAGUCUGUCCCACGAAGCAACACCACUCUCACAGACUCGAAGCAGGGGCUCCACUAACCUAUUUACUAAACUAACUUCAAAACUAACAAGAAGAAACAUGUCAUUCAGGUUUAUCAAAAGGUUCCCGACUGAAUUUGAGAGGAACGGGAGAUUUGAGGGCUCAAGCCGCAAUGUAGCUGUGGAUCAGAAGGAUGAGAACAAGGAAGCCAAGCCCCGUUCGCUGCGUUUUACCUGGAGCAUGAAAACCACCAGCUCCAUGGAUCCCAAUGACAUGAUGAGGGAAAUAAGAAAGGUCCUGGAUGCCAAUAAUUGUGACUAUGAACAAAGAGAGCGUUUCUUGCUUUUCUGUGUCCAUGGAGAUGGGCAUGCAGAAAACCUUGUACAGUGGGAGAUGGAGGUCUGUAAACUGCCAAGACUGUCCCUGAAUGGAGUUCGCUUUAAGCGGAUAUCGGGAACAUCCAUAGCUUUUAAAAACAUUGCUUCCAAAAUUGCCAAUGAGUUAAAGCUGUAACAAGAAAAAUAGCUAAGUUGUAAAUUAGUUAGCAAUUUCAAGUGUUUUUGAGAAUUCCGAUGGAAAUGUAUAGAAUAACAUUUAGGCAAUAACUUCUGCAUCCUUCUGAAUAGUGAUAUUAAAAGAAAAAAGCUGCUGAGCUGGGAGGGAGAGUUGGACUUUUUUAUAAGUGCACUACAGCAUUAAAGUUGCCUACUAUGUAAAAUAUUACCCCUUCUGCUUUAUUUCCAUUGCUCCUAAGUCUCUGACAACAAAUUGAAACACAGAAUAUAUUCAUUUAAAUAUGCCUCCUGUUUGUGUGGACGUGUGAAUGUACAGUAUGUGUGUAUAAUAUAUAAAGUAUUAUAUGUAAACAAUUCAUUUACAACAUCGAGCUGUACCAGUACCUCUUUUUGGGCUAAUUUUGGUGCUAAAAAUUGAAAUGGCCAAGGAGGAAACACUUGAGUUAAUAUUUAAAAUAACUGAAGCGAUAACCAGUAAAUGCAGGUUUACAGUUCACUGCUGUGUUAAGGAAAAAAAAAAAAGUGUGUGAAGGGUUUGGAUUUACGGUUGUGAACAUUAUUAGUCCUGUUUUCUAAGUAGAUCUCAUGAGAUGAUUAAAAAUUCACUUUUGCUGAGUAAGUCUUGCAUUAUAUUUUGCCCACCUAUUUAUUAUUUAAGUCUGAAUCUAAUUUUAAAUAUGUAGUUGAUUUGUGCAUUAAAAUUUGGGUAAGCGCUUCCAUUCUUCUGCUUCAGCUAGACUACUAAAACUGUAUCUUUGUCCUUUUGGCUUGUGAGUGUUGGCUGCAGCUGGGAACACUUUUCUGUUGUUCCACCAUUCCUCUACAGCAUGAGGCAGUCUAAAAGGAUGUGCUAGAUACUUACUAGUGACUUUUUCUUUCAGACCAAGUUCUCCACCUUCGACUAGGUCAGAGUGAUACAAAGCACAAAAGGACUCUCAGAUAACAACCAUGUUUUGAUGCAGGUCUCCACACCGAGUCAGUGCUGGUCUGAGGUGUUGCUGCACAUGUGACAGUGCUGUCCUUGGCCUCCUGGGUGUGCACAGUAUUGAAACCCAUAGGUGGGAAUCAAGUUGGCUACUAAGAUCUUCUGUUGUAAUGUCCAACUUGCUAAACUACAGCCAUAAGCAGUAGCAAUUAAAGCUUUUUCAUGCAGCUCUCUUCCAGCGUGCUUCCACUUGGCUCUGGUUGUCUUGUUUUUGAUGGCUUUGUGCCAGUGGUGUCUCUUGCUUUUGCUGCAGAGAGAGUCCACUCAGUAAACGUGCAGUGUGGAAACCCACCCUUGAUGAACUCUGAUGGCCAACUGGCCUUCUGUAGGACAUGAAGCUACUCUGGGAUGGUCCCCACUUUUUAACCAUCACUGUGGUGAGCCGGAUUUGAUUUUGCAAACUAGAAAGAAGAGAUUUCUUCAUGCUUUUUUUCCUACCGAUACUCAGUUUAUUUCAUCAAGGACUUCUGUAGAUAAUAUACCACAUUAUCUACUUGACUUUUUGUAUUAAUGUUUUAUGGUUAUACUUCAGUAAGCACUUAAGCAUGUACUUAACAUGUGCUUUAAACUGGAGCCUAAAUUUGCAUUUUAAUUUUGCAGUGAGCUAAUAGUUAUUAAUAGUACACAGUUCAGAUUUGACCCAAGGUGAAAAUGCAAAAUCCUUAAUAUUUUUCAGAUUAGUUCUUGUGAUCCGUAGUCUGUGAAGGCAGCAGACUUCCACUGUCUUUCCCUAAGCAUUGGUAUUGAUUAUGCUAGUUUAAAGGGUAACCAUAGUUGUUAAAUGUAGUAAAUACUCCUGAAUUUGCAUUUUAUUCUCUGUAUAUUCUGUAUCACGCCAUGGCUUGAGGACUCCAGCUGCUACUGGAGUUCAGUUGGCUUUCAGUGCUCUGACCAUGCCUGUGCUGCUCAGUAUGUUUUUUUCCAUGAAAGCUCAAUUUUGUAAUAGCAAUAAGACAUUUCAGGGCAGUCAUUGUACUUUCUCAGGUGAAUGGUCACCUAUCCUUUUAUUUCUUACGUUUUAAGCACUCCUCCAAAUGUAUUUUUUUCACCUGGCAGUGCACUUUGUUGUCUGAACUGAAAAAGUGUUCUGAUAAAUGAUGUAAAUCUGUAUUCGAUGGAAGUUCCAAAAGACUUCAUAUUAAAUGUUUUCUGAAAUA